UUUCAUAACUUCAAUUAAAUUUUGACAUUCUGCGUUAAAUUUUGAAUUUCCCUCGAUAAUUUUAGAACGUUUGUUUAUCGUCAGUUGGCUGCCCAACAGUGGGGUACGCGCAGCCGCGUAGCACUCGUUUCCGCUGGUUUCUCCACAGCAAAUCCUCGUAAUCGGCUUCAGUUCGCGUAGCGACCAUCCGUGUUAAGCCCUGUGAGUGCGUGCAAAGACUCUUCCACUCAGCAAAAUCAAACAAUCAAAUUUUUAUACUUAUAAGUAAGGCAACAAAAUCAUCAUGAGCUGGCAGGAUUACGUAGACCAACAGCUCUUGGCCACUAGAUGUGUGACCAAAGCCGCCAUCGCCGGCCACGACGGAAGUGUAUGGGCCAAAUCCGAGAAUUUUAACGUAUCUAAAGAAGAGGUCGCGAAAAUCGUGCAAGGCUUCGACAAACAAGAAAUCCUCACAUCCAGUGGCGUAACGUUAGCCGGCAACAGAUACAUCUACCUUUCCGGGACGGAUCGCGUCAUAAGAGCGAAGCUCGGCAAAGUGGGCGUACACUGCAUGAAAACGGCGCAAGCCGUGGUAGUUUCCCUUUAUGAAGAUCCAAUUCAACCUCAACAAGCUGCGUCUGUGGUGGAAAAAUUAGGAGAUUACUUAAUAAACUGCGGUUACUAGAGAUAGUGUGAAGCGCUGCGUGACAAAAAACACGACCGGGCAGCGUCAAAAAAAAUAUAUUAGAGUUUGUAUUUUUUUCAUUGUAACAACAGCGAAAAAGCAAUGUGUAUAUUAUCGAACGCAUCAUCAUUAUGUAUAUUUAUAACUUAACGUAUAGUUUUCUAUUGGUUUUAUUUUUUAAUAAUAUUAAUAAUAAUUACAUACUACAAAAGUAAAUGGCAGAAACGUUCUCACCUAGAAUUAAAUACAUUAAUAAUAUAUUGUUUUUGCGAAAAUCAUUGAAUUCAUCAUAAAUAACAUCCAUGAAAAAGUGUAUUUAUCCGCUGUGGAUUACGGUCAUCAUCUUUUUGUAAUACAUUUUCAGUAAGUAAUCCACAGUGGAGCAAAUCAUUAUUUUUUAUUCAGACUGUGGUCUCGUUUUUUGUUGUUUUUUAGAACUUAGGAUAUUGUUUGCAGAUGUGCAUCUUUCGCAUUUGGAGUGUUUGUAAACGCUGAGCGUCGCAAAUCUUAAGAUUCACGUCUCGAUUUUUUUAUUUCAAUUUUAGCUUACUACCUAUACCAUUGCUAUCUCUAUGAAAAACUAUUUGAUACUGAAAAAUUACAGUUAGGGUUUUUUAAUAAAAAAAUCUCUAGUCCCACAAUAUUUUUCUUUUCUCCCUCCCCCACUACUUAGUAAUCCGCUUUUUGUACAAUUAUCUAAUAAAUAAUAAUAACUAUAAUAAUAAUACCCGAGAUGCCAAAACAAGCACAAUUGAUAUACAUACUAAUAACGCUGUGCUGCAUGGUGUUUUUCCCGAUUACUUGAAGCUUGAAGUAAUUUUCGUGUAAAUUUUUCAGUUGCUUGUCAAUAAUAACUAAGCAAUGAUUGGUGUGCUAGUCUGCUCUCUACUUAUUUCCAAAAACAAAAAAUCCGCACUAGUUUAUGAAACACAGUUUUAUUUUUCGAAAAAUCGAUCGUAUACUUUUUGAAUUUGUGAUAAUAAGUUAUUAGAUAUAGAUUUCGCCAGUAUUUAUAUUUCCUAUAAUUGACAAUUCGCACCAAUCAAAAUUACACACUAAUUUUUGUUCGUGUGGAAAUUUGUUAUUCGCUGGCUGUAAAAUUGUUGUAACGCGUUUUUAAAAUGCUCAGAAUUGUCAUUGAUAAUGAAAAGUGACGUAUUUUUACCUCCCUAAUUUAAAUAUAAAAGAAAAGCAAAAUAAAUUUAAUAGUAGCUUUGUAUAAUUUUUCUGAUUAUGAUAAUUAUUAUUCGCAAGGGAUUUUGUGUAUCUAAAAUAAAGAACAUAAUAAAUUUGUAUUAUAA